GUAUGUGCACGCCUACUACCGUACAUACGGUGAAAAGCCAGUGUCCAAAAUGGCGUCCUCCAGUACCAUGGGCUUCGGAUCCUCACCCUUUCUAAUAGUUUCACUAAUAUGUGUGUUGACACUGGAAUUGGCUUCUGCCAAAGAAAGAACCAAAACGGUGGAAUUCGACGUAAAACCAGGGGGAGUGGUACAUACCUUCACUAAGAAAAUCAAAAAGUACGAAUGCUCGUUCACGUACGCAUCUCAAGGUGGAACAAACGAGCAAUGGCAAAUGAGUGUGGGCCUGAGUGAAGAUGAAAGCCACUUCUCCUGCUCUGUGUGGAGACCCCAGGGGAAAUCCUACCUGUUUUUCACACAGUUUAAGGCCGAAAUCAAAGGAGCCAAGAUCGAAUACGCCAGGGCAUAUUCCCAGGCAGGGGUGGGAGGUCACAGCGAUGUGGCUUUGAAGGAGGAGGAAUACACAGUGGGAGAUCACACGGUGACCCAGAAAGACGGAAAGUUCCACGCAGAGCUCUCCAAGUUGACUAUCAUCGGCCAGACGCGCCACGAUGAGCUCUGAUUGGCCGGGGCCACUUGAGUUCGGCUGGGCCUGUUUUCAGAACAGGAGGAGGACCUGUGCACACAGCUGUUUCACUCUACUGUCAAUCAUGACCCUGGAGGGAUGGGAUUUACUUAAAACAGAAAAUCUGUCAAAACCUGAACUUGAUUGUGUUCUAACUUCUCUGUAGAAUAAAGAGGUGAAUGUAUUGGGGGAUGGGAGGAUGGGGGGGGGGGUUAAGGAGUAAAAGGUGAAAUGUUUUGCAAUAUGGAUUCUAUGAGGAAAGUGUAGAUGCUUUGGGUUGCGGGAUUUAGAGAAUUUAAAAUUGUAUUUUCUUGUCUUAAACUUUGGAUUUUCUUUCAUCAAUGCAUUUUUCCAUCUACCGUUUACAUGCAAAAGUGAUCAUGAAUAUGGCCCAGAUGUUGGUAAAUAUUAUGCGAAGGAAAGAUGUGCAGUAGCUUGUGGACAUUCUGCCUACACUUACCUUUCUGCAGCAGAAAUCAGUCUUUCUUGUCCAGAAUACUUCAGCGUCAUCAAUGACGGUGGUGCACUUGUCCCGCACCAUCAAGUGUCACUGUGGAAUACAAAAAAUCUACUUAACACCGACAGGCUUUGAGCACGGUUCCCCACAGGUUUUUCUGACUUUUCGACUUCUCUUUGGUUUUUUUACUCAUUGUUAUUUUGUUUUAUUGGAAAAAUGGAUAUCCAAAUAAAUCCAACUUUGUCAUACAA